AUGUCACUGAAGAUGAACCGAAACCGAUACCACAAGGUCGGAAAGGCCUCUGAAUUGAUCAAACAGGACGUCAGUGGACCUCUUGAGAAGAACCCGCAGAACGAGUGGAGCGGGUGGUGUACACUGUACCGAAAGGUGAACUCCGGCCGGCUUCUCAUCAUCAUGCAUCGUUCCCCGAAUCCCGUCCGACACGUAUCCUCAGAUGAAAGAAGAACCUCAGUUAGCACCCCAAUCGGCAAAAACGAACCUGAAAGAGACUUCCAGAAUCAUGUAUUGGUCCAUGUGCUUCCCAAACACGCCUACACGAGGUGGCGGGAAUUUUAUGGAUACCGGGUUAACCUUUCACGGUCUAGUGGCGCCGUCGUAGCCAAUGUAGCACCGCCACUACUCAGCCCGAUCAAAAGUCCACUGCCGCCGGUAGCGAAGGCGCAAAUCCUUUUUGGCUUUCAAUCGUGCGGCAUUUCGUUGAACCGAGGGUGUCAGUAUUACGUUGACUCUCGAAAAGCGCUGCGCCACGUCGAGCUUCUAAAGUCUACCGUGCAACUGGACUUCGUGCCACCCGCGCUAGACCAGCAGACGCGACACACUUUGGAUCUGGAAACGCAAGUGAAGCAGCUGACUCGGGGCCUCAUAGAGGUGCAGCGGAAAACCAAAGCUGGGCGCCGUGAGUUUGAGGAUUAA